AUGAUGAGAAGAAUGCUUGGUGUGACUCUAAUGGAUAGAAGAUCAAACAGUUGGCUCCACGAAAGAUUGAAGAUGCGUGAUGCUCGAAUGGUUGCAACAAGAAGAAAAUGGUUCUUCGCAAAGAAAAUCGUGACGGGAGGAGAAACGUGGGCAAAGAAGAUCGUAGAAUGGCGGCCCUGGGAGAAGAAAAGAUCUGUUGGACGACCACGAGCACGUUGGCGAGAUGACUUCCGAAGCGUUCUUGGGGAGAAUUGGUCGACCGUUGCGCGCAACAACAAGGAGCUCUUCAAAUCUACCAUGAUUCAGCAGAGCCUUUUUGAUUACUCUGAUGUCUGAAUAAAAUUGAAAUUGAAAUUGCCACUUGAAUGAACCCAAAGGCUCUAGAAGAACGUGUUACUUAAUAUACUGACCCUUCUAACUUGAAGGUCCCUCGACAACGUCCAAGUCCCCAACUUUUGUUCUAAGCCCCGCGAAAGAUGCCAUCACCUCCAGUCAUAUUGAUUCCGGCGUUUGUUCAUUAUUUAAUUUUGAUUCCGAGCUUACUUGAAAGUAAACGAAGGAUUUUUCAGGACCCUCGCAAAGAUAAACUAAUUGAGGAGUUGACAAUCUUGGAGAAGGAGUGCCGGAAGAAACUGGCCAAUAUCGGGUUCGUUCGAGAAACUUGUUUAUUAAUCAACCAGAUUUUCAAAAUUCUUAGAAAAAUGAUUAUGGCCUGUUUAUCGGACAAUAUGAAUGUUGUUCCGGAACGCAACAAAAUUGCUCCAAAACAAAAAUUACUACUGUUUUGGAGCAACUUUGGUGCGCCGGAGAACACGUUUUUUCGUUUCGAAGCAUAAUCCAUUUUUCCAAUUAACACGCCAUGGAAAACUUUAUCCAUAGUCCAAAGAAAUUAUAUGAUAACGAACUGCGUUUAUUACUCUCAGCUUUUUUCAUCUAUCUUUUACUUGCGGUCACUCGAAAACCUAUCGAAACAGGUCGUUGUACGUUUUAAGAAGGAAAUUUCAGCGAUUGUCCCAAACUCAACCAUUGGCCAGUAAUCCUUCUGGCCGUAGCUGUUGUGAUCCUCUUGUUGACCAAUACGAUUUCAAUUAUUUAUAUCUGGCACCUUCGAAGAAGUUUGUUUUUUCGACCUUUCUCCACUCGCAAAGAUCUUAAACUUCGCCAGAAAAAAAAUUUGACCUUAACUUCUGCAGUGCCGAAAUUACAGAACCAAUUUUUUUUUUCUGCUCUCGACCACCCAUGACUUUGUCAGAGAGUGUUGGGCUUAGAAAAUGGCGCAAGUUUAAUUUCAACCAUUCCAAAUGCGACCAUGAAGCUACUUGUCUGCGAUCUCUUUUCUCUUGCUGUGGAAAAGCCAGAGAGAGAGAAAAGAGAGCGCAGACAAGCUUUGAAGUCGCAUGACAUGUCUAUUUUAAAAGUUGAUUUUUUCUUUAAAGAGCUGCUUGCCACAAACGGCAAAGAAUCGGCCCUUCCAACGGAUAUCGGGAAAACUCACAGGGUAGUGUUGAAUCCGCAUCCUGAAACGUUAGUCGUCCCCAAAACCGAAAAGGCGAAGAUCCCACGCCAAAGGAAGAUAAGAAAACCCGAAGUUUUGACUUCGGCUCAUCGCGAUUAUAUAGUGAAGCGGAAGGUUCAAAAUAAAACGCUGACUCCUUAAAUUAAUAAUAAUUAAUAUCUCAGCGCCAAGAGAAGGAGGACGCGCGAUCGGACAAGUUUAUCAAAAAGGGGCCGAUUAAAAUUCCGACUUCGUUCCGUGGAGAAGUUUGUUCUUUUUCGUGACUUAUAGUUUAAAAAAAAUGGAAGAGAAACGUUUGAGCAAAUCUUUGAGUUUCUCUUACAGCCAAAAAAAAUUUCUGAAGUUUCUCAAUCGCUUUUUUGGCGGUUUAACUUGCUAACUCAUCGACUUGAUUUUUUUAAGGUUGAAGUUGCGCAAGAGAAGGAGGAAAAUAUUACCAUAGAGAAAGUUUACUACGAUGAGAAACUGAAUGAAAUCUACGAUAUCGGCACUGACGUCGAUCUUAUGGAGGUGAAAGAGCCUUUCCUGAUGUAUCUUAAUAAUAAAUUCAGGAGGCGUCCGAAAAGGCUUCUGCGCAAGGUAAGACGAAUAAGUCAUCAGCCCCUCAGGAUGUGAAGGCCCCUGAAGAAAAAAAGUCGACCAAGAUGGUAUGUCUCAAAAAGGAAUAUUGUGAAUAUAAUACCAAAUUGCAGAACACGAAAUGAUGCGUCCAGGAAAGCCUCCGUCGUCCUUACUCGUUUCCUUCAUUAUUUUCUCCUUCAUGUCUUUCUUUGAAGUUCAAUUUCUUCAAGACUUUGCGCGAAUCGCGGCUUGAUAAACAUUCUCCGAAAAUCCGUCCUGGUUUUUUAUUCGCACUAUUUUAUGGUGUUUUAGCUUAGAUGAGUUAAAAAAGGAAGACAGAACUUUGGAUAGUAAGAUCGUGGAAACUUCUGACUAUGGAACUGGGAUAACCCUUGCUUACGAUCAAGUGGAAACUUUAGUGAAUUAAGAAAAUAAAAAAAAAGAAAGGAAGGACUUUGGUACGUGGGAACUUCUGAGUAAGAAACUCAGGGAGCUCUUUUUUGCUAUUGAGUUGAAACUUUAGUGAUUUAAGAAAAAGCUGCUCAAAGAUAGAGUCUGGCAUACCAAAAACUCGAAAUAAACAUUCCGCUCAAUACAGUAAGCCACUUUUCAAGGGUCAUUCAAACGGUCCCAACUUGUAAUUUGUCUUAUUAUCUUCGUUUUUCUUUCGAUUCUAAUUCUGGAAGUCCCGUUUCAAGCUUAGAAGCUUUACAUCUAUUUCGUAAAUUUUAGUGCUUGUGUGUGAAAAAAAUAAAAAAUUUUGAUUUGAUUGAUUGAUUUAAUAUCAAGUAGAAAAUUAACAAAAGCCCGACCGUGCUCGUUUUUUUAAGCUUCCGAAAAAAAUCAGCAAAAAAACUCCUUCUGGAAUCACUAGGAAGGCUAGAAACCCCUCGAAGGACCACAACCUUUUUUUCAAUAUAAAAUAAAUAUCCGCUCUUCUGCUCGACCUAUUUUCUAUGCUACCGCAACACAAAUCGCUCCUUUCUUUACGAACUUGUCCGAUCGCGCGUCGAAGAGCACGACUGGGAAGACGGUACAGACGUCAGAGGCAUCAACAUCGACGAAAAGGUCCUCACAAAUCUUCGCUACGCCGACGACAUCGUACUCUUCUCCAGCCCCACCACCGAACUGUCCUCCAUGCUGAACGACCUGGAACGAAGUCGGCAAGAAGAUCGGCCUCAAGAUGAACGUCAAGAAGACGCAGUGAAUGAAAAACCGCUUCAGCGACCAAGGCAAAGUCACCCUGGAGGAAGCAAACGCGCUGGAUGGGCCGCCUUCAACUCCAUCAAAGAAGUCACCAGCCAGCUGAAAGACCCGAAACUGCGAGCUCACAUCUUCGAAGCGUCGAUUAUCCCUGCCAUCUCCUAG